ACGAAAAUGAUUCUCGACAAGAAAAUUUGGGUGAUAUUAACACUCUCAGUCGCCACUCUAGUGGUGGCUGAGAUGUCCCCCGACGAUGAGUUUCUCACACCAUUUGAAAUGCACAAGAAGCGGGCCUACAAAGUUUCAAAGGUCGACAUCAACCAGCCCGAAUUCAUGGGCAGGAAAGGAGGGCCCACAGAACAAGUCUAUGGCGGGUCCGAAGGAAACGAGACGUUGCCCUUCAUGGUCUACCUUGAGAGCUUGAACGCCCAAAACGUUACCGUCCACCAGUGCAGUGGCACCAUCGUGAACGAGUCCUGGAUCAUCACAGCCGCUCAGUGUUUCGAAAGGGCCAACUGGACAAUAUUGACUUUGGGUAGCAUUGAUCGAACCUCUGCUGAUGCUAUCAACAUAAUAACCUAUCCAAGCCAAUGGGUCAUCCAUGAAAAGUUCAUUUACAACGGCCGCGAAUACGACAUCGCCCUAGUCAAUCUCACCGACACUCCCCUCACCCUGAGCGCCACUAUUGCAGUCAUGCCCUUGUGCUGCCCCUCCUUGUACAAGCAGAAGCUUUUCCUCUACAACGAGACGGUCACAGUCUUUGGCUUUGGAUCAACACUUGAACCCUCCGACCCAGACUGCCCCGUUGAAUUCCCUGCCUCCGUCUUCCAUGCCGCUGAAGUUAAGAUGGCCAACAACACGGCGUUUUGCUCUGCUCAACUUUGGGAGCACUACAUUGAUAUGGCAUCCACCCAAUUUUGUUCCUCCUCGUGGUAUAACAGGACAGCUGGAGCUUGUGACGUUGAUAGCGGCGGCCCAGUUGCUUAUACUCAGUCUGGAGGCUUGGGCUAUUGCAUCGCCGGCGUGAACAGCAUGCAUGGCUACGAAAAUUGCCCGAAUUCCUAUCCCUUCACCGUUACUGACAUGCAGUUGCAAUAUAAGUGGGUGUUGUCAAAGAUGAAAGCCAAGCCGGCUAAGUGUUAA